AUGUCAGCCAACGACAAACCCAUCCCCACAGUGACCAUCACAACCGGUCGUCGCCCCUCGACCGACUCGUUCGCCACCUCGCUCAAGACGCCCCGGACCGCCCGCUUUGCUGAAGCCACCUCCGUGCACUCGCCUCUCGAGCCCACCCGCUCGCCCUUCUCCGACCCUCCCACAAACCACUACGCCCCCCAGCCUCAGCCCGCCGACGUUGGCUUCGGCUACCUGAACAACCGCGCCUCGGGCCACGACUCCACCACCGGCGUCGAGAUGGAGGAGACCGACAGGCGGUACCUGCCCCCGCCCACCCCCAAGAGCCCCCUCAAGAGCGCCCUCAAGUCGCCCGGUGCCCCCCCGCGCAAUUUCGAGAGCGUUCUGAGCCCCACCUUCCGAGAGGAGCAGGUUCUGGAGAAGCACGAGGAGGAUACCGAGCAGGAGCAACAGAAGGACCUUAAAAUCAAGUUUCGCGUGCGCGUUGCCAAGCUCUUCCUUCGCGGCAUCAACUUCAGCUGCAGUCUCAUCGUCCUCUCCAUGCUUGCCGCCACCUUCUCCAUCUUCAAUGCCACAAAGCACCUGCCCGCUCGCAGCAACCUGCCCCCUUGGGCCGAGGGCACCAAGACCUGGCCCCAGAUUCUCCUGCUCGUCAUCGCAUGCAUUUCGCUCUUCAUGUCCAUCAUCAUCCUCGCCGCCUACUGGAGAGGUGGCCACCGGAGAGCGGAGAAGGUCGCCGUCUACUACACCGUCUUCGCCGUCGCCUUCUUCAUCUUCAGCAUAGUCAUGUGGGCGAUUGGUGCUGCCGUGCUGAACUCGAGCAAGGUCAAUGGCGGGGGACAGGAUAUGUGGGGCUGGGCGUGCAAGGAUAACAAGCGCCGCGAGCUCUUUGAGGCCGAGGUCCAGUACGCUCUUGUGUGCAGACUUCAGGACUGGUCCCUUGUCUGCUGCAUCAUCGAGGUUGUCAUCGAGACCCUGACCAUCAUCGUUUACGGCAUUGUUUUCUACCGCUUCUGGUCCAAGCGCAAGCUUCGGAAGUCGAUGGCGGUCCGUGACCGUGCCCGUUCUGAUCUUUACCUUGCCCAGCUUCGCUCGCAGUCUGCGCCCAACACCCCUGGCUUCGGUCCGCCUCCCCUCACUCCCGGGGACGGCUGGAAGGCUCCGCCGGGCCAUCCGCGCUACGUCGACCCUCUCUCAGCAGCCGAGAACGGCCAUGUUGCUCCCCAUGAGAGCCAGGAGAGCGUUCAGUACCCGCGCGGCUUCGCAGAGCCCAAGCCAUUCCAGUUGCAGCCGCCGCCGAUCCGCGUCACGGGCGCUACCCCGAAGAUGCAACAGAACGGCUUCGACGAUGCACCCGCCUUUCCCCAGGCCCACGGCGCAGAUGUCAGUCCGCCCUCCAGCAGACACCCCAGCCCGCCCAACGACGCCAGCUAUCGCCAGCCCUCACCACCCCAGCCCAUGAGCCCCGGCUUCGCUCCUACCCAGCAUCAAGAACGCAUUCAGGAGCACGUGCCCGCCGCCCCGGGUGAGCAGCAAUACGACGCUGUGCCCAUCCCUGGCGCAUACGGCUCGCCCAUGACCAGCCCCAACUACCCUCCGCCGCAGCAACAGCACGGCUUCGAUUUCGGGCUUCAGCAGCAACAUCGCCAAUAA